AUGAGAGGCAUUUGUGCAGGAGCGAUUGGAUGUAAUACACCGGUAGGUUUGCUUGCUGGAUUGUUGGAUGUUGGAGGUCAGUUGAAGUCUGUGGAAGAAAGGUACAAAAAUGGGGACCGUAUUAAUGUAGCGGAGAUCUUAUUGAAUACCGCGGGAUUGGAACAUGGUGAAAAGUUGACUCGGCGUGAAAAGUUGACUCGGCGUGAAAAGUUGACUCGGCGUUUGAUGUUAGUUUAUGCCAUCGACCCGGCGAAAGGGUGUCCGUCAAAUAUAACGGAAUUAGUGUCAGUCUCAAAUGCAUUGCAGCUAGCGACCGGUUCCGACUUGAACCAUCGAGCUGGGAUGAACACACGUUUCUACCUGUGUUGGAUUCUCGCCUCUAUCACAAUCCAGAAUUCAUCGCCUGAGCUAACGGGCUCCAUGAAAUUAGAAGAAUUACGUCAUCAUAUUGUUCGAACAACCGCUGGAUCAUAUGCUGCGGAAAUAAACCAACGCUUAACAUCACUCACAAUAAACGAUUCCGAACUACUGGAUCAACAACGAUGGAUGUUAGGUGUUGGUACUCACUACAAGAACAUCCCUCAGCACCUGUGGUCUGAUGAGCCUUUGCUCGACGACCUAAAAUUCGAAGAGGUAAAGCUUCAAGAAGAGGUAAAGCUUCAAGAAGAGGUAAAGCUUCAAGAAGAGGUAAAGCUUCAAGAAGAGGUAAAGUUUGAUAAGGAGGUAAAGUUUGAUAAGGAGGAAAACCUCGAUAAGGAGGGGACCACAACGUGA